CCCCACCCUCCCUGACCCUGCGGGGCUCUCUAGUCAGUCUGCACUGGAGCUGCCUGGUGACCAGGAGUUUGGAGUCCGCUGACGUCGCCGCCCAGAUGGCCUCCAGGCUGACCCUGCUGACCCUCCUGCUGCUGCUGCUGGCUGGGGAUGCAGCCUCCUCAAAUCAAACUGCUGCCAGCUCCAGCUCCAGUGAUCCAGAGAGUUCACAAGGGAGAAGUGAAGGGAAGAAAACAGUGGCAGAUACCUCCAAGAGUCCAUUAAUUGAACCCAUCCUGGCAACUUCCAGCCUGCCGACAACCAACUCAACAACCAAUCCAGCCAUGCCAACAACCAACUCAACAACCAAUUCAGCCACCAAAAUAACAGCUAGCACCACUGAUGAACCCACCACCGAACCUAGCCCCCAACCCACCCAAUCAACUACCCAGCUUCCCACAGAUUCUCCUACCCAGCCCACUACUGGGCCCUUCUGCCCAGGACCUGUUACUCUCUGCUCUGACUUGGAGAGUCAUUCAGCAGAGGCCAUGUUGGGGGAUGCUUUGAUAGAUUUCUCCCUGAAACUCUACCACGCCUUCUCAGCAAUGAAGAAGGCAGAGACCAACAUGGUUUUUUCCCCAUUCAGCAUCGCCAGCCUCCUCACCCAGGUCCUGCUCGGGGCUGGGGACAACACCAAAACAAACCUGGAGAGCGUCCUCUCCUACCCCAAGGACUUCACCUGUGUCCACCAGGCCCUGAAGGCCUUUACAACCAAAGGAGUCACCUCAGUCUCUCAGAUCUUCCACAGCCCAGACCUGGCCAUAAGGGACACCUUCGUGAAUGCCUCUCAGAGCCUGUACGGCAGCAGCCCCAGAGGCCUGGGCAAUAACAGUGAUGCCAACUUGGAGCUCAUCAACACCUGGGUGGCCCAGAAUACCAACAACAAGAUCAGCCAGCUGCUAGACAGCCUGCCCGUUGACACCCGCCUUGUCCUCCUGAAUGCUGUCUACCUGAGUGCCAAGUGGAAGACAAAAUUUGAUCCCACCAAAACCAGGAUGGAACCCUUUCACUUCAAAAACUCAAUUAUAAAAGUGCUCAUGAUGAACAGCAAGAAGUACCCUAUGGCCCAUUUCAUUGACCAAACUUUGAAGGCCAAGGUGGGGCAACUGCAGCUCUCCCACAAUAUGAGUUUGGUGAUCCUGGUACCCCAGAACCUGAAACAUCGUCUUGAAGACGUGGAACAGGCUCUCAACCCCUCUGUUUUCAAGGCCAUCACGAAGAAGCUGGAGAUGUCCAAGUUCCAGCCAACUCUCCUAUCUCUGCCCCGCAUCAAAGUGACGACCAGCCAGGAUAUGCUGUCAGUCAUGGAGAAAUUGGAAUUCUUCGACUUUUCUUAUGACCUCAACCUGUGUGGGCUGACAGAGGACCCAGAUCUUCAGGUUUCUGCGAUGCAGCACCAGACAGUGCUGGAACUGACGGAGACUGGGGUGGAGGCGGCUGCAGCCUCUGCCAUCUCUGUGGCCCGCACCUUGCUGAUCUUUGAAGUGCAGCAGCCCUUCCUCUUCGUGCUGUGGGACCAGCAGCACAAAUUCCCCAUCUUCAUGGGACGAGUUUAUGACCCCAGGGCCUGAGACCUGCAGGGUCAGGUUAGAGCGAGCGCUACCCUUCUAGCCUCGGCUCUCAGUUGCAGCCCUGCUGCUGUCUUCCUGGACUUGGCCCCAGCCACCUCCUGCCUCAGGUGUCCGCUCUCCACCAAAAGGGCUCCCUCAGGGUCUGGCCGAGGGACCUACUUCUGUUAGCUCUUCUCCAUGGCCCUGCCAUGCUCUCCAAGCCACUUUUUGCAGCUUUCUCUAGUUCAAGUUCACCAGACUCUACAAAUAAAACUUGGCAGACCAUGAC